UAGAAUCUUCUUUCCUUGAAAACCUUGAUGUCGUCUUCCGCAUUCAACUUGUCUUCUAGCCUUGAUCGCUAGGCUUCGAACUCUCCUAACAUAAUACUCAGAAUUCCUCGUCAACCAGUGUGGAUAAGGGAGCUAAAGAGUAGGAUAGGGACACCCAUUCGCUCAAAAUCUGUUUCUGUCUGAAGCUAAGUGUAUUUCCAGCGGGAAUUCUUAUGAUGUUUCUUGUAGUUACGAUGGCAUGUUGCCUAUAUCAGCGCCUCGAUAAUACAUUAGUUGAUAAUAGCCGCACUGUCAAUUGCGACGGUCACUAAACUAGAUGUUCACCCUACAAAAUUCUCUAACGCUUCGCACUAUUGGAUCACGCCCAACGUCGACAUAGUAAACGCUUGUGUGCAUUGAUCAUGGUCAAUUGGUCAAGAUUGAAGUUGGUGUUGCUACGCAAAAUACCAACAUUUGAAUGCAUAACGACAUCGCGAGACCUUGAUAUAGAAUUUGAUAUGCAUUUGCUGAGUCGGUGAUUGUACAACACUUGGAUGAUAUUCAUUCUGCAAAACAAAACUUGUGCGUCGCUGAAACUAUUGAACAAUGUGUUUUGUAGGAAGUGGUGGUAGAACUAAGGAAAAUGAGCGAUGUAUACUUGUUGGUUAGAUUAAGUGAGAAACAUCUUAUGGAAAUUAAGGUAGAAAUUAAAUCACAGUGAUCGGUUCCCUAACCUGAAAUAUAUAUGAUGAUCAAAGAAGAGUGUAGUUGCAGGAGUUCAAAGAUCAAUUGAGUGAAGCAGGUCGGGCAAUAGAAACACCGACCUCCGAUGAUAUCGUCAUUCCCACCAUGAACAACAGGAACAACACCAAUUGAUAAUUCUUCUCGACACUCCUCACGGCACGCUUCCCCGAAUGUCGAGCAAGAAGCUGAAAGCCUCGAAACAGGCUAACAAGCCUUCCUUACCCGCCAUCCCCGAUCCUUUCGAACCUGCGCCGGCCUCCCUCGCUCCUCUCCUCGACACGUUCGAUAUCGACACCGUGUACAUCAGCCACAUUGAUAAACACCCGGCCACCUUUAAGAAGUCGAUAUUCUACGUUCCUGUCGGAAUCAAUGUCUUCAUCGCAGCUCUACUUCUACUGCGAACGUACUACGCGGCCCCGCUAUACUGGAAGCUGUUGAUGUCGGUAUUGAACCAUCAUAAUGAGACAACGCUGUACUGGAGCUCGUCGCCAACGCGCACAAUCGUGAAAGCAAUUGUGUGGCGUAUGUUCAUGUUCAUGUUCGACUUCUUGCUAUUUCGCUUCAUCGGUCCGUGGCCGUUGUCGUUCUUCUUCGAAAUGCCUGGGAAUCCUGUGUUGUGGCGCUGGAAGGUCGGAUUCCGGGACCAGGAGGUAUACGUACGAGAGAGUAGAGGUUGGGGAGCAGAGGAUUUGCUUGGAGCCGCUGAAGGUUCGAGCGGAAAGGCUGGCAGCGAGAGUCCCUUCUUCAAGACACGGAUACUCCCCGCAGUGGAUAUGCAUAGGCUGAGGGCCAAAUCGGGCUACAUGCUGAUGGAUAAGGACUUCGAUUUGGACUUUGGCGCUAUGAUUACAGCCACUCGCUUACUGGAUAAGAAGGAGGUUUCCCUGGAAGAGUUGAAUACUAGUGUUUUUGUGUGGGUUGGCAACGAAGAGGGCGGUCAAUGGGCCGUUUGGAACUGUGGCAAGCUCGACGAUGGUGCUGAAACCGACGCAAGAAAGAAAAUCGUCAUGUUCAAAGAUCGGUUAACCAUGAUGGGGAAAGAGAGUCUGUUCUUCAAAUGGGUCGAGCUGGUUCAAUUCGAAAGUUCUGCGCCUGGAGGCUUCACUCAAGAGAGACAAGCUUCUACAGCGGAGAAAACAAGAAAUUUGUUCGAAGCAGAAGGCAUUGAUUUCGAAAAGUUCAGCGCAAGCAUUGGGGGUUUUGGUGGUAUGCCAGGCAUGGAGUAA